AUGCAAUUCACAUCUGGAAAUAAUGCCUUACAUUAUUCAGCAGAAAGUUAUGCAGAUAUUGUUCAAUUUCUAUUUGAACAUAAUCUUAAAAUGGAAACAACUAGUGCUGGUCAUGUAGAAGUAGCUCGGACUCUACCUGAUCAUGGUGCUGGUGUUAAUACACAUUCUAAUGAUUCGAACGAUACUUUAAUGGAAGCAUGUAUGGAUGGUCAUGUUCAAGUAGCAAAAAUAUUACUUGAUUAUGGUGCUAAUAUUGAAUUAGCCUCGUUACUUAUUGAACGAGGUGCAAAUUUAGAAGAAGUUAAUGAUGAAGAAUAUACACCAUUAAUGGAUGGUUUAUUUAAGAUUUUUUUAACAUUUGAUUUACUUUUUUUCUUUUCAGCUAGUAGAGAAGGACAUGAUGAUCUUGUAAAUUAA